AUACAAAGGAAAGGUCUCUACUUUCUCUCCCUCCUCCGACUCUGUCUCCACCCACUUCCUUCUCCCACUACUUUCCCCUCACUAACCGAGUCACCAUGGCCAAGAAGAAGAAUAACAACAACAACAACAACGAGCAUAAAGGAGACGAUGGAGGCAAGAAAAACAACGACUCAGCCGCCGAGAAGAAAACGGCGUCUGUCACUGUCGUUUUGAAGGUCGAUAUGCAUUGCGAAGGCUGCGCUUCCCGAAUCGUUAAAACCGUUCGUGCAUUCCAAGGCGUUGAGACGGUGAAAUCGGAGUCGGCGUCUGGGAAAUUAACGGUUACCGGGGCAGUAGAUCCGGGUAAACUCCGGGAAAGACUUGAAGAGAAGACAAAAAAGAAAGUCGAGCUGAUUUCUCCUCAGCCCAAAAAGGAGAAAGAGAAAGAGAACAAUAACAAGGACAAAAGCAAAAGCGAUGAAGACAAAAACAAAGAAAAUAAAUCGGAGAAGAAGACAGACAACGAGAAAAAACCCAAAGAGCCUCCGGUAACAACGGCGGUAUUGAAGCUGAACUUCCACUGUCAAGGUUGUAUCGGGAAAAUCCAGAAGACUGUCACUAAAACCAAAGGUGUAAACGGGAUAACAAUGGACAAGGAGAAGAAUUUGGUGACGGUGAAAGGAACAAUGGAUGUGAAAAAGCUCGUCGAGAGUUUGAAGGAGAAGCUGAAACGUCCGGUGGAGAUUGUGCCGCCGGCGAAGAAAGAUAAGGACGGAAAAGAGAACGAAUCUGGCGAUAAGAAGAAAGGAGACGACGGAGGAAAGGAUAAAUCCGGUAAUAAAGGCGGCGAGGGAGUGAAUAUGAUGGAGUACGUGGCGGCUCAGCCUGCUUACGGGUUCGGGUAUUAUCCGGGUGGGCCUUACGGAUAUCCGGUUCAAACCCAUGCGCCUCAGAUAUUCAGCGAUGAGAAUCCGAAUGCCUGCGUCGUUAUGUGAGACGGCGGCGGAAAAUUGGACUGUGGUGGUGGUAGAGAUGUAAAUACGCUAUAAUCUUGGGGUAUUUUCGGGAAAGACGACUUUUUUCCUUUUUCUUGCAUGUUAGUAUUUAAAAAAAAAAAAACUUUUUCUUUUUGGGUUUUCUAGUACAAUUGCAAUUUUGAAUUUCUCUUUACUUUUUUUUAGGCAUUAAAUUCUUAAGUUAAACAUGCAAAUAUUUUCUACUAUGAAGAAUGGAAAAAGAGAUUUCAUAUU